AUGGUCGUCGCCACAUUCGCCGCCAACGUUAUCGCUGCCGCCGCCGCUGUCGUCGUCGUCGUCGUCGUCGCUGUCACUUUUGCCGCUGCUGUUUCGUCAGUGCGUGCGAUCCUCGCUGCGUGUCGCUGCCGUCGUCGUCCGACUGUCGUCUCGUCGUCGUGCUCGCCUCCGUCGCAUCCAUUCCUUCCGUGGUCGUGCGAGUUGUUGCUUGGUGACCGAUCGACGACGUCAUCGGUGGUCAUCGCAUACGAUUCACGAACGUCUCCGCUGCCGCUGCCGCUGCCAUCUCCAUUUGACCAGUUUUCACCGUUCGUCGAUUGUUCGUUGUCCUCCGCCGCCAGCCGCUUAAUCGACCGUUGGACGCUUGUAGACGCCGCCGCUGCCGCUGCCGCCGCCGCCGUUGCUGCUGCUGCGCCGCCGCGUUCGUCGCCCAUGUAUCCCAACAGACAUCCGGGACCCCCUCAACCGGGCCAACCUUUCAAGUUCACCGUCAUCGAGUCGUGCGAUCGCGUCAAGGAGGAAUUCAACUUCUUGCAGGCGCAGUACCAUAGUACACAUCUCGCAGCUGACCGUCGCCGCUUCAGUAAAAGCAAAAGCACGGCUGCUUGCAGAAGCGGUGCCGACACGAUGCUGUGCCCUCUUGGCAUGCGCACCCAGGUCAGGCUCGGACUGCAGUUUCAAAUAAGUUAA